AUGAGCUCAAAUAUGAAUUUAACAAAAGAAAAAAAAGAACGUGGCCAAAAUUUUCGUAAAGAGGAAAUUGACUCCUUAAUAAUGUUGAUCGAAAAACACAAAAAAAUCAUCGAAAAUAAAAAGACGGACGCUAUGACAUGGAAAGAAAAAGAAGCAUGUUGGAUAAGACUGACCAACGAGUUUAACAUACAAUCCGAUAUAAAUGAGGAUGAUUCAGACCAGGAGGCUCAAACAGAAGAAGAUUCCAAUGUUGUUGAUACUCCAUCAUUUUCACAAUGGAAACCUUACACAUUAAAGAGAAAGGCCACAGAAUGUUUGCAAGACCAGGAGGCUCAAACAAAAGAAGAUUCCCAUGUUGUUGAUACUCCAUCAUUUUCACAAUGGAAACCUUACACAUUAAAGAGAAAGGCCACAGAAUGUUUGCAAGUAUCAAACAGAAAAACGAUCAAGAGGCCAGAAAAUGUAGAACGUAAUGAGUCUGUUGCAGACCAGGAGGCUCUAACAAAAGAAACGGGAAAACAUACGCCAUCAUUCUCAAAAUGGAAACCUUCCUCCUUGAAGAGAAAAACAACUGAAUGUUUGCAAGUAUCGAAGAAGAGAAAGAUGAUAAAGAGGCCAGAAGCUGUAGAAAGACACAUACAAGAUGAGGCAGAAUAUAAAAAAAAGAAAAGAGAGCUGACCCUAAAAAAGUUGGAAGUAGAUCUACAAGUUUCAGAAUUAGAGGUUGAAGCAAAGAAGCUAGAUAUAGAAAUAAAAAAAGCAAGUUUAAAAAAAAUGCAAAACCAAUAUCAAUUUGAUUAA